GAUCAAGUUCAAUGCGAGAAAAAGAACCCUUAAUCUGCCCUCAACAACCCCUAAUGGCCUGAACCUCUCUCUUCUGGUCACAUCAACGGAACCGCUCCCCACCACCCUCAUCAUGCUCCUCCUCCUCCUCCUCUUCCCUCUCACCUCACCCACCCUGCUGUUCUUUGUUCCCGAGGGCCCUGAUUCUACAGAACUCCGUUCCUCAAUAAAACACGGCAUCAAGCACCUCAGCAGAGGGUUAUGGUACGACCUGGACCACAAGAUAGUGAGCCUGCGUCCGGACACUAUGGUGAGAACCUUGGUUGGGUCCGUUGAGGACGGUGUGACGGCCGUGUUGGGCGUCUUCUCUGAUCAGCAGAUAGAGAAUAUAACUGCUAUUGUGGAUGCUUUUGAUGUUCCUACCUUCGUUUUGAAUCAGGUCACAAGGACGCCAAGUUCGCCCAAUGUUUUCCUGACCACGCCCAGUAUUGAGUUUGAGAUGAAGACCCUUGAAAAAGUUCUGGACUUUUACCAAUGGCAGGAGGUGAGUUACUAUGUGCAGGCUAACACUUCAGUAACCAACUUGCUCCAAGGGAAGGGACCUUGUUGGGACAAACUAGUGUUGGACCCGGCCCAGAUAACAGAACAAACCUGCAGGAACUUUUCAGUGGUCAUCCUAGUGGGUUACUCCACGUUUCAGGGCCAGUUUCUAGAUCAUUACACUCGAUCAGGGUGCAGGAGCAUGGUUGUGAUGCAGUAUUUCUUGGAGGAUCAGCCGUCAGCGUCCAUCACAACGGUCAGCAACCGAUCAGAGAUAGGUGAUCUGAUCAUGUUGUUUCCUAAGAGUUAUCCUAUGAUCAACACUGGGUCCAGCCCUAAGGAGAACACCAAAUAUUCUUGUCUUCUACCCAGUUGUAUGCAGUAUAAAGUAAACAAUAAGUAUCGCCAGAGUGAGUCAGUGCGCCUCCUCCUCGACAGUUUGAAACUUAUCGAGAUGCUCCUUCGUCAACAGGGAACACUUCAGUCAGCCCAAAUUCGUGAUGUCGCUUUCAACUCUAUAACUGGUGAACAGACAGAGCUUUUAGACAACGGCUUCUCGUACAACAGGAUGAAUAUUUUCAAAUCAGGCACUACCCCGGGCGUGGAGUUGUUGGGUUGGGCGGAUGAGAGGGGUACACAGAUCGUGCCUACCACUUGGAAAUCCUCCGCCAGGACAAAACCGUUACGAUCCUCCGGAGGAUGUUUGAAUAACUUUAGCACUCCAGCAAACUCUAUUGUACCUGUCGAAAAGGUUCUGAGCAGCGCCUUAGACUUGAAGGGACCCACUAGGAUUGUGGCGAUCUUGUUGAUUCUAAUCAUGUUGAUCGCUGUUCUGACUCUCUACGUCAGCAGACGGACCUAUCACACUCGCGUACCUGUGGGUUUCAUGUUUCCCUACAUGCUGGCCUGUCUGUCUAUAGCUUUAACUUCUUGUUUUGUAAUAGAAGAAUACGACUCAGCUCGGUGCCUCAUGGUUGUGCUGAGAGACACAUUUGAAUACAUAUUCUUCGCUCUAAUUCUUUAUCAGCUUCUCUCAUAUCAGUCAGAAAGCAAGGUAGCACACAUAACGUUUACAGGGAUUCUUUUACUAAUAAAGUUCCUCGUUACCAUUCAGACUAUUAUCAAUAAAAACUCAACGGACUUUUGUCUGGCCAUGUAUUUUUCCCAGGCCAGCAGUCACCUGUUGUUUGCGCUCAUGCCACUAAGUAUUCUGCUGAUAAUCCUAAAACAUUUUGCCGAUGCCUUCAGUACCGUCAGAUGGAUUCUUAUAGCCCAGUUCACUGUCCUCCUCUCAGAGAUGUUCCUUUACUAUUCUGACAUUCCCCUGCCUUGCAAAGUGGCGGUCUACUCCAUCAGAGCCUUCGCAACCACAGUGGCUUACAUAUUCAGUGGCAGAGAAGGAGCUAUGAACUUUGAGAAGGAUGAUCAUCAGUCAGAAGACAUCGAAACUGGAAAGCAUCAUUAUGAAGGUCACAAUAUGGACCACUCCUUGCACUGCAUGGAGAUGGAGGGGGAUGGUCAGCAGCUGCUGCAGAACGAGCACACUUCCUGUCGGCACUGUGACCUCGCUCUCUCCCCACAAGAGUUAGUCUGCACGCCCGAAGGAGUCGCCGUCAGUUAUGUGGAGUCGCCGUCUAUGUACUGGGACGACGUGAUCGAACAAAUUCCAGUUACCGAGGACUCUGGAUCUGACCAGGAUAUUACAGAUGAUGUUUUGGCUGAUAACAUUCGAGUUCCUCCAAGCACUCCUAAUAGUUUCCCCGAACGAGUCAAGCUCAAUUCUCAAGUCAUUCCUGAAAGGGAAGCAUCUGAGCUUUCUAGCAAAUCAGAAACAUUUGCCGAAAGAGACGAUAUCACUUCAGAAGAAGAGGAAAGUGAACCUGAAGAGCAAACUGUUGACCCCUCCACUCUACCUGCCCUACCCACUAUACCUGUUCAGGCUCUACCACAGAUAAUUGAGCCCCCGGAGUCUCUCGACUGGACCAAACCGCAAGAGUACGACGGCGAGGAGAUCACAUGUUACCAGGACUCCUUUGAGAUGAAGUGUUACACCACAGGACCUCUAUCCGGGAUCUCAGAAGAAGAUGAGUUCCGUGAUGACACUGAAGAAGAAGAGACUCAGAUACAGGUGGGGUUCAGAGGUGCUAUAAAUGGGGAUCUAAGCGAACAGAAAUCAGAUCUUACUAACGGCGAGUCAGGGUUUUACUCCAGCAACAGCAACAGCACUGAACCGGACUAUGUGAACGUGAUCAAUGGUCAGAGCAUAUUGGAUGAGAUUGUACUGAUAAAAGCUAACUCCGGGGCAAAGAAUGGUUAUAAUGGUCGAAAUGAUUAGGAAAUGCAAAUUAUAUGUAAGUGAAGGAGCUGAUAGAAACGUUAUCUAUAUAAUUUUUGACGAUUCUUUAUAACUUAUUUUGACAAUGACAGUGGCAGAAUGCAGAGAGAAAUCGUGCCUGUUCUCCUCUGAAAAAAGCAAGGUUCUCUUCUACAUACAGGGUGGGCCAAAAGUCAGUGUGCAAACGUUGGGUCUUAUACCUCCGCCGUGUUUUAUAUUUGAGAGCUGUUGCUUUGCAGAUGGCAUACUGUACUUACUGGUUCGAGGAUUCCGUCGUCAAAAUUUGAAAAUUCGAAUAUUUUAGACCACGCCCAUUCAAUAUUAAAACACCUAUAUUGUUUUCUCUGAACAUGCUGAACGCCUAAUUUUUUCAGAGACGGUAGAUUAUCAAAUGUUGCAUAUGAUCUGAAAACAUGAGGCAAAACGGAUUAGAAAUGACGAAGUUAUCAAGCAUUUUGUGUAUCUCGUUAACAAAAUUGACUGGGUGAUUAUGUGACACCGUGACACGACACCUUAAUUGGGCACCCUUAACAAUUCCCAUAAUGUUUAACGGGGUAGU